GUUUUUCUCGCUCUCUUCCUGCAUGCAUGCAUGUCCUCUAGGCUCUCAUCCUCACUCCCUUACGAUUGCUAUUUCAGAAUUUCUCACGGAACUAUGUCAACAGGAAGAUUUUCGGCCUCCGGCAGCCUAGACGAGGAAAAUCCUCUGAUAUAUUAUGACGCUCUUUGAUUGUGAUUAUUCACCGAAACGGCCCACAUGGUUAACUUGUUCAGUGUGCGGUAGAAUCUUCGAGGGAUGUGAUCGAUGAUACCUUGUGUUUGACCCGACUCUUUAGCGAAAACACUUUGCUCUUACCAGUGAAGGAACGAACAUUUUCCGGCCGUUCACCUAUAUAAUUCUCGCUCGAGAUGCUCCAUGGUCUUCAAGCGUAUUUGCCUGUUCGUUCACCAUGAAGUUCACCGCUGCCCUCUUGUCUUCUGCUCUGCUGAUUCAGUCGGCGUCGGCUCACUACAUCUGGAAUACACUAAUUGCUGGUAGCACGACCUCUACCGGGGCUGUCCGUAUGCCUUUGAGCAACAGUCCUGUCCUGGAUGUGACGUCCAAGGAUAUUACUUGCAACGUCAACCCGACGCCUGCGACAGAGACUGUGUCCGUCGCUGCCGGAAGUACGAUUGGGUUCAAACUCGACAAUACUCUCUAUCACCUGGGACCCGCUACCAUCUACCUCGGUAAAGUGCCUUCUGGAAGCACUGCCGCCUCAUGGGACGGAAGUGGUGCUAACUGGUUCAAGAUUGCUGAAUGGGGAGCGACAUUCAAUCCCUUCACAUUCACCGAUCUCAACGCCAACCAACUCACGACGACUAUUCCUUCGACAGUUCCCGCCGGAGAGUAUCUCGUCAGAAUUGAGCAAAUCGCUCUUCACGUCGCUGGUGCCCCGCAGUGGUACAUCUCAUGUGCUCAGGUCAAAAUCACUGGUGGAGGCAGCGCCAACCCCUCCAAAGUCUCCAUUCCUGGCUGGCUCUCUCCUUCGGAUCCUGGUCUUACCGUCAACAUCUAUUACCCGAUACCUACUUCCUACACGGUUCCUGGACCUAGACCGUUCAGAGGAUAAGGGGGGUUUCGUUGAAGAAUGGAAUGUUCCUGAACUGGCUAUAUUUAUGAAUGUUACAAUGACGUGAACGCAAUCUAUACUUUUUUCAAAACUGGG